CUGUACUAUGUCUGCAGUCUCUGACCAUCUCCUGUACUGUGUCCGCAGUCUCCGGUCAUCUCCUGUACUAUGUCUGCAGUCUCUGGUCAUCUCCUGUACUGUGUCUGCAGUCUCUGGUCAUCUCCUGUACUGUGUCCGCAGUCUCUGGUCAUCUCCUGUACUAUGUCUGCAGUCUCUGGUCAUCUCCUGUACUGUGUCUGCAGUCUCUGGUCAUCUCCUGUACUGUGUGUCUUAUGGAGCGAAAAAUACGGUAGUU